GACGCACUGCUUAAGUUUGUUGCUACUGUCGAGUGCGUCUUUGAUCACAGCAGCCGCGAUCGCGUCGGUACGCCCAUCGUCCCUGUUACUAGCGCCGAUGUCGCAUGCCGAGACAGCUGCUGCGUUUGUCUGCAGCGGACCGUGUGGGCUUUGCUCGUCCUCGGUUGGGCUUCGCUGAGGAUUGUCAGCGGGAGGUUGACACGCGCUACUUCGUUGAUCGCCGUGAUUGUUCGGACUUGCUCCUGGUGAUGAUUCGACAGGCGAUUGAUUAGCGAUCGAUUCUUGAUUGCUUCCGCAGCGUUCGUCCUUUUCGUUAUCUUCGGGCUCGCGAGUUUUGCUUUGAUUGUCUAUCACCCAUCCUUUAGGUUUUCUAUUUCGUUUUCUUCCGAGCACUGGGGAGCGUGGCAUCUCCUCAUCGCUGUCGCCCGAGGGCGAAGGCGCGCGUCGUAUCUCGGGUAGUUUGGCGGUGCGUUGUCGAGCCUUCACGCGGUCGUAUGGCGUAAAGUGUAGUCCCGAUAGAUUUAAAUGUGCCACGUCGGUAGCGCCGUCCACUACGAUAUGACAGAAAAUGCGUUUGCUCUGUGUUACGUCGUAAUGUAUGCACACGUUCAUUUUAAAGGCAUGCGCGAAGAGGAACGCGCAGUCGAUGUUUCCGUAUUCGGACUCAGAGCGCAAAAUCCUUUCAGUUUCGGCCGGUUCUCCACAAGCGUGAAGCAUUGGCGACUCGAGGAGGAGCUCUCUUAACUCGGUCGCUGAUAGAUGCAAUUUUGCUAAUUUUAUUAAGGAGAAGAACAGGCAAUUACCGGCGGGAGAGAUUGGAAUGUCGUCCGAGCGCACCAACUCGACCAGUGGUUCUGCACAACGGUUUUUACGUAUAUAUGUUUGUAUUAAAACGUUCCCCGAGCUGGCGGAGGAGUUCUCGUCUGAUGGUUCCGGCUUCCUUUCAUAAUUCCUAGAUAUCCCUUCGAAGCUUUCAGUUGGGCCGACACCCUCGUAAUCUGAGAUUUUAUCCAAUCAGCCCAGUCUGUGAACCCUGCGAUAGAUCGCGGCACAAACGUUUAUACGGUACAAAUUUUUCUGCUGUGCGAGUCUAUGUUUGUUACAUACUUAUAUACUAUACAUGUAAACAAAAUAUAUGUAUAUGAUAAAGUUGUAGUUGCAUAAUUUCUAAUUUAUUAAUUUAUAAAUUACAAGAAUGGAUGCUAUAUAUUCAAAGUGGCGUAAACCGAAGCCAAAAAAAAUCGUAAAAGUGCUACGAGUGCAGCUAACCUAAUAAAAGCUCCAGCAAAUGUAAACAAGACUGAUCAAAAUAAAAAUGCAACAAAAACUAGUGUUCCAAAUCGUAAUUCUCAAAGUGAAAAACCUUGCACUGGAAGUGUUUCUAACAAUACAGUAAAUGCUAUGCAAGCUAAACUGCAAGAGUCAGCAACAACAAGAAAAUUGGCGUUUACUGAUAUGUUAAAAAGUUCAAGUGAUGUUGCUGAUGAGGAAGAAAACAUGUUUAUUAACAUAAAUGUUAAUAAACAUGGCUAAGAUCUGUGAGUGAUUGUGAAUUGAGAUAUAUGACAAUGCUAUCUGAUGGUGACGUUAAGACAUUCAAUAAUUUAUCCUCACCUAAUAUUUAUUCGGAUCCAUUAGCGAAAGAAGAGUGCAUCAAUCAUGUGGCUAAACGCUUGUCUACAGCUUUAAGAGAAAUAGUAAAAAGUGCUAAAGCAAAGGGGAUAACACUUGGUGGAAAGUCAGCUGGAGCGCUGACCAACAAAGUGAUUGGCACGCUUGCUGGAUAUUAUUGGAAUGCUAUUGUUCGCAAUAAAAACAAUGUAUGGGACAUGCAAAAACAAAUUAUGGCUACUUUAUAUUAUUGUAGUUCCACAGAUAAAAAGCACAAUCAUUCACUGUAUCCUCAAGGAAAGCAGUCUUGGUGCUUUUACAAGCGUGCUGUACCAGAAAAAAAGCCGCAUAGUCAUACAAGUAUGCAAGUGUUUUUGAAUCAGGUUGUUGUAGAAAAUAUUAUACCAAUAUAUGAAAGAUUGUCAAAUGAAGAAUUAUUAGCUCGGUGCACCCAAGGACUUACUCAAAAUGCCAAUGAGGCUAUACAUUCAGUGCUGUGGAGAAAGUGCUCCAAAAAUAAUUCUUCAUCAAAAACCUGAGAAGAAAUUGCUGCAGCUUAUGCAGUUUCUGAGUACAUCCUGGGUCGUCAAAGAAGUGCUGAGAUACUUGCAUCAAUUACAAACAGUAAGAUGACAAGUCACGCAGAAAAAAUUACGACUCAGAAGGAUAAGAAAAGGAAACUCUCAAUUGACAAGAAACAUAAACCAGAGUCUAAAGCUGCAAGAAUUUAAAAAAAAUAUGGCAGUAAACGACAAGAGUCAUUAAAAGUACAAUCAGAAGGUGUUACAUAUGGUGCCGGAUGUUUCUAAUUUUACAGGAUUACAGGAUUUGAGAUUAUUAUUAUCUGAUGACUGAGAUCAGACUGAUGCUUAGUGAGGUUAUGUAAAUAUAAAAUAAGAAGAUAUUAAUGUUAACAUU